UCACUCCCCCUCACCCUCAAUUCCCACUCCAAAUCCCACCUCAAUUUCUCCAAACCCUACUCCCUAUUCCCCAAACCCCAACACCACCACAAAAAACCAACCAAAAUGCUCCUCAAAUCCAUACCCAACACAAAACCAAUCUCUAUCUCUGACACCCCCCACUCCAUGACCCUUUCCGAGCUCCUAAGCAAAGCCAACGCUACUCCUAUCUCAAUUCAUGGAGAUACACAGGUACCAAUCACAGGGAUUCAACACAAUUCUAAGGAGAUUAGCCCUGGCGAUCUAUUUGUUUGUUGUUUUGGGUCGAAAACCGACGGCCAUUUGUAUAUUACUGAAGCUUGUGAGAAAGGAGCUUCAGCUGUUGUGGUUACUGAGGUAGUUAAUGUUGAAGAGGAGGCCUUACAUUGUUGUAGAGCCCUUGUAAUAGUGGAGGACACCAAUUCGAUCCUCCCUCGCCUUGCCGCCUCCUUCUUCGGCCACCCGUCGAAGCGGCUCUCCGUCGUCGGGAUCACCGGCACCAACGGUAAAACCACGACGACCCAUCUGGUCAAAUCGGUGUUCGAAGCAAUGGGAUCGAAAUCGGGGAUGUUGGGAACACUUGGUUACUGUAUUGAUGAAGAUAACAAGUUGGAAGCAGUUAACACAACACCUGAUGCCUUGACCAUUCAGAGACUGAUGGCGGAAAUGGCGCGGAACAGGGCCGAUGCCAUCGUGAUGGAGGCUUCGUCGCAUGGGCUGGAAUUGGGGAGGUGCGACGAGAUUGACUUCGACGUCGCGGUGUUCACCAACCUUACACGAGACCACUUAGAUUUCCAUGUAACCGAAGAGCGGUACAGAGAGAGCAAGCUCAAGCUGUUCGACAAAAUGCUCGAUCCAGAUAAGCAUAGAAAAGUUGUGAACAUUGAUGAUCCAAAUGCGUCGUAUUUUAUCGCGCGGGGUAAUGCAGACGUACCUCUUGUGACCUUUGGAAUGGAUAGCAAAAAUUGCGACGUGCGACCUCUGGGGCUCGAGAUUUCUUUGUUUGGGACGAAGCUUUCGAUUAGUACACCAAAGGGAGUAGUAGAAAUCAACUCUGCGUUGGUGGGUCGGUACAAUGUGUACAACAUUCUUGCUGCAGUUUCUGUUGGGAUCGCAGUUGGGGGGCAAUUAGAGGAGAUUAAGAGGGGGAUUGAGGGGUUAGCUGGAGUUCCGGGCCGGUGUGAAUUGAUCGAUGAAGGUCAAAACUUCGGAGUUAUUGUCGACUAUGCGCAUACGCCGGAUGCUUUGUCAAGACUUUUGGAUGCCAUGAGAGAGCUCGCUCCGAAGAGAAUCAUAACUGUUUUCGGGUGUGGCGGCCAACGAGAUAGCGGAAAGAGACCGCUCAUGACCCGAAUUGCUACCAACAAAAGCGAUGUUGUUAUUCUAACCUCUGACAAUCCCAGGAAUGAAGAUCCAUUGAAUAUCUUGGAAGGCAUGUUAGCUGGUGUUGGAUGGACCAUACAAGAUUAUGUGCAACUUACUCAUGACAAGAAUUAUGCGCAGCUUAACAAUGGGUGUCAGCUUCUUGUCCAUGAUCUCAGAAGAGUUGCUCUGCAAGCUGCCAUUGCCAUGGGAAAGGAAGGAGACAUUAUCGUUGUUGCAGGGAAAGGCCACGAAACAUAUCAAAUCGAAGGUGAAACGCGGAAAUUCUUUGACGACAGAGAAGAGUGCCGAGAAGCUCUGCGUUACGUCCGCGAGUUGAAGAAAGCAGGAAUAGACAUCAGUGAACUUUCAUGGGGGGUUACAGGAUAGGCACUUUUCUUCAUAGAUGAAUUAACCUAUCCCAUUCAAAAGUUUUUAAGUUAAAAUCAAAAUCAACUGAAACUGCCGUGGUGCUCUUCUUGGACAGAGAAUGUGUGGUUUCUUUUCUUUUUUUUUUCCUAUAUUUUUUGUUCCUUCUUGUGUAUAAAAUGUAUAGGUUCUUUAAGAAAUGUUUAUUUACAACGGUGAGAAUAAGGGUAUUUCUCU